AUGAUCCUGGACAGAGACCCGCAGGAAGACCCCGAGGCAGCGAGGGCAGGGAGACAGUUUCCCAAGUACUGGCAGGAGUCCAGCGUGACGGCUGAUUGGCUGAAACCCGACGAAUCCAGCGGCGUGACGGUGGAGACGACAGCGUACGUCCUGCUGACUGUGCUGCUCAAGGGGAGGAUCCACUACGCCAACCCCAUCCUGUCCUGGCUGACCCAGGAUCAGCACUAUGGAGAGGGUUUCUACUCCAUACAGGACACAGUUCUGACUCUGGAGGCGUUGACAGAGUACAGCAGGACCGUCAAUCGAGCCGUCCUCAAUCAGGACAUCAACAUCCGCUACAGGAGGAAGGGAGCGAUCGGACGAGUCCAGCUCGGACAGAGCCGACCUGUGGCCACGCCUAUACAGGUGACAAAGGAUGAUGACAUCAUCGUGUCCACAGGUUAUGGGAGGGGCGUGUCCACCGUGAAGCUGAAGACGGUUUACUAUGCGAUCACCUCAUCCACACAGAAAUGUAACUUUGACCUCACUAUAGAGAUGAUCGGCCCCGGCGUCUCCAGUGGUCCCGGUAUGGAUGCUCCUCACCUGGUCGCCUGUGCAAAGUAUAAACCUCCACCUAAUGAGGUGUACACAGAGUCUGGUCUAACAGUGAUGAAGAUCCAGCUGCCAACAGGUGUGGAGGGUCACCUGGAGGACCUGAGACAGUUCAGAGACUCAGAGGAGCCACUCAUCUCCCAUUAUGAACUCCAAGGAAACACCGUGGUCAUUCAGAUGGACACUGUGAGUCACUUUCCCCCAACUUUUCCCGCAUCAUCAGCGCUGCACGGAGCGAAGAGGAAGAUGUAACUCUAGUGACCGCCAGCUGGACUUUCCUGCCCUUAUCUGUAUAUUUAUCUACUCUGGUGCCACAAAUAACCGGUUAUGAACAUUAUUGGUCCGGACUCUAACUGGAUCUCGUCUGUCAUAAGCAGGCAAAGAAGAGGCAUCAUAAUGAGGAAUUGAUAAAAUACAUAGCACGCCUCUGAAGUUAUCUUGUAUAGGUAUUUCACGUACACAGAUGGCUGUCUUAUCAGGUUAUGAUCAGCAGAUGGAUUUGGUAGUACUUUAUCUUUUGAAAUCGUUAUAAGUCAUAACUCUGCUUUCAUAAAGUCCCUCAGAUUUCAGACACAAAUGAAGCGCACCAGAGUCUGAUUGGAAGCAAACCGAGACUGUCCUUUUCAGGUGGUGUCGGCCAGGUUGUUUGUUUGAUUGACAGCUUUCACACAAGCCCACAUGAACCGAACCAAACGGCCGAACACACACCAGAGUUUGUUUAAACUGAACCAAACAGGUUUGAGGUACAAGUGUCAUCUUGAAGUUAAACCUAACCUGGCUUUGAUGAGCUGGUUGAUAGAACUGCAAACGGGGGGUUUUGAAAACUCUACGUGUAGGUUUUCUUCACGUCUUUCAUUUGUCAAAAACAUUGCAUCAAAGAUCUGUGAUGAGAGAAAAUCAAACCCACAAAGCGAACAUCAUGAGAAGGACGAUUUAGAUCUGAUGUGUUGUGCUUCUAUUGCACAGGUUCCCUCUGACAUCUUCCUGUGCGUUGGUUUUCGGAUCAAGACCAGGUUCAGGGUGACGGGAACCAGUGAGUCCGUGUUCAGCGUUUAUGAGCCUCAGGACAAAGGUGAGAGUGACAACGUGCCGUGCAUCCAGGGAUUUGUCAGGUCUGUUUGUAAUUUUACAGUCUUCAGAGUCUCUGGAAACACAUCAGCAGCUCAUCAGUGCGACUGACUCUGAGCUUUCUGUCCCACUGUGAACUCUGAGGGACUUAGACCGGAGAACAGGGACCGAGAAGCCUCAGAGAACCCUUUUCAUGCUGAGGACCCUGUUCUUGUUGAACCCGAGGGUUAAUGGAUUAAUUCAGCUCUCGCAGUCGUACACAACAUCUCGGAAGUACGGAAGCCCACUUCUGCCAGGAAAAGAUAAAAACUGAUGAGGAGGACUGGUAAAAAUAACAGCGGUAGAAAUACUGAGUCGACAUUCUGACUUCUUUGGACUUUCCAAGUCAGAAGUUAGUAUUAAAUACCAAGUUAUAAUUCUGACUCUCUAGGUUGUACUUAUGAGCUACAACAUGUUUUGUUUCUUACGCAGAGUCAGAAUUGUCCAAGUCCAGAUUUCCGAAGAGGACUCACCGUUUUACAGUUUUAACUCUGAUUCUGAUAUUUUUUUAAACAUGGCCUGUUUUUUAGGCACAAAAGGGAUUUUCUUUUUGUGCCGUAGACUAACACACCCAGUGGAGCAGGGAAGGCUUUAAACAGCAUUUAGGUCAUAUUGCAGGGAUAUAAAAUUUACAGGAAAUAUGAUUAACAGA